AUGAAUUAUCAAGAUAUUGAAAAUAUGCAAAAUGCUCUUUAUAAACUUUGUAUUGAUUGGUAUGACUCAUCUCCAAUUAAAGAAGAUAUUGUGUUUUCUACACAUUCAAUGUUUAUUGCAUUUUCAUUACUUUAUAUUGGUGCUGCUUCUGAAACAAAAACACAACUAGAAAAGGUGUUUGGAUUUGCUUCUAUUCCAGAAAGUAAUUUUAUAAAAUUUUUACAAAGCAUUAUUAAACACCAAGAACCAACAUCAAGUGUUACUGUUGAUAUAGUCAAUGGGAUUUGGGCAUCAGAAAAUUUAGAAUUUACUGAAGAAUAUAAAAAAGCAAUAAACACACUUAAUUGUCAAUUAAAAAAUGGAAAUUUUAUGACUAAUGCAGAAAAUAUUAGACAAGAAAUUAAUAAAUUUGUUGAAGAAGCAACAAGAAAAGUAAUUAUUGAAUUUCUUCAACCAGGAACAAUUAGUGGAGAUACAAUUGCUGUCAUUGUUAAUGCUAUUUAUUUUAAAGGAGAAUGGAAAACACCAUUUAAAAUUCUUCCAAAGAAAAUGAAAUUUGAAGGAGAUGAAGAAGUUAUAGGAAUGAAAGAACGUUUUGAAUGUUCAGCAGUAUUUACAGAUAAAUAUACAUCAGUUAAUAUUCCAUAUGUUGGAAAUAAAUAUUCUAUGGUAAUUAUUAUGCCAAAUAAUAUGAAAGAAUUUGAAAAAGAAAAUAUAAGAGAAUUAAAAGAAUAUGUAAGAAGAACAGUUCAAGAGUUUUCAGAAAAAAGAAACGUUACUAUUCCAAAAUUUAAAAUUGAAACAUCAUUUAGUAUGAAUCAACAAUUAAAAAGUCUUGGAUUAAUUAAUGCUUUUAAUGAAAGUGCAGAUUUCAGUAAAAUGGCAAAAGGACAUUUUUGUGUUUCAGAAGCUAUUCAUAAAGCUGUUGUUGAAGUUGAUGAAAAAGGAACAGUUGCUGCUGCUGCAACAGGAAUUGCAAUGAUGAGAUGUUGUUUACCACUAGAACCACCAAGAGAUGUUAUUAUUAAUAAACCAUAUUUCUUUAUAAUCACUGGAGAAGAACAAUAUCCAUUAUUCUUUGGAAAAGUAAGUCAUCCAAGACUUGAAUAA